UUCCUAGGAGCCAUGCUGUCAGAGACUUUGCUGGUAUCUGCUCCUGGGAAAGUCAUCCUGCACGGAGAACAUGCUGUGGUCCAUGGCAAGGUAGCAAUAGCUAUGGCCUUGAACUUGAGAACAUUCCUCCGGGUUAAAACCCACAGCACUGGUAAAGUGAGCAUCAGCUUACCAAACAUUGGCGUCCAGCGGGACUGGGAUGUGGCCUGGCUUCAGCUGCUGGACCUGAGCUUUCUAGAACAAGGUGACAUCACAGCGCCCAGCCCAGAGCAAGUGGAGAAGUUGAAGGAGGUGGCAGGCUUCUCUGAGGACUGUCCCCUCAAUGAAUGCAUGGCUCUACUGGCUUUCCUUUACUUGUACCUGUCCAUCUGCCGGAAACAGAGGACCCUGCCAAGCCUGGACAUUGUGGUGUGGUCAGAGCUGCCUACCGGGGCGGGCUUGGGCUCCAGUGCUGCCUUCUCAGUGUGUCUGGCAGCCGCCUUGCUGACUGUGUGUGAGCAGAUCCCCAACCCACUGAAGGACGGUGAUCCCAUCAGCAGGUGGACCAAGGAGGAUUUGGAAUUAAUUAACAAGUGGGCCUUUCAGGGGGAGAGGGUGAUUCAUGGGAACCCCUCUGGAGUGGAUAAUGCUGUCAGUACCUGGGGAGGAGCACUCCGAUACCAGCAAGGACAGAUUUCAUCUUUGGAGAGGCCCCCAGCUUUAAAGAUACUGUUGACCAACACCAAAGUGCCCCGCAGCACAAAGGCACUUGUUGCUGGUGUCAGGAACAGGCUGAUCAAGUUCCCCGAGAUCGUGGCCCCCCUGCUCACUUCGAUAGAUGCCAUUGCCCUGGAGUGCGAGCGCGUGCUGAGAGAGAUGGCUGCUGACCCCACCCCGGAGCAGUACCUUGUGCUGGAAGAGCUCAUGGACAUGAACCAGCAUCAUCUGAACGCCCUCGGGGUCGGCCAUGCCUCGCUGGACCAGCUGUGCCAGGUGACCAUGGCCCAUGGACUGCAUAGCAAGCUCACUGGCGCCGGUGGCGGGGGCUGUGGCAUCACACUUCUCAAGCCAGAUGUGAAGCAACCAGUGGUGGAGGCCACCAAACAGGACCUGACCGGUUGUGGGUUUGACAGCUGGGAAACCAGCAUCGGUGCACCCGGCGUCUCUGUCCACUCAGCCACCUCCCUGGAUGCACCUGUCCAGCAAGCCCUGGAUGGCCUCUGA